AUGGACGCCUCGGCCUCCAGGGUCCCCCCGCUGGAGACGGAACCGGAGGAAGUGCUGGGCCUGAGCCAACUGCCCCCGGAGCUGCUCCUGGCGGUGCUGAGCCUCCUGCCCCCGCGCACGCUGCUCGGCCGCUGCCGCCAGGUGUGCCGGCGCUGGCGCGCCCUGGUGGACGCCCCGGGCCUGUGGCUGAAGAUCCUGGCCCGGGACCACCGCGCCCUGUGGCCGGUCGUCCGCAGCUGCCUGCCGCGCGCCGACGCCGCCAGUGCCUGCCUCCUGGGCCGCUUCUGCGCGCGCGGACCCAUAGGACGCAACCUGCUGUGCAAACGUGAGAGAGAAGGUGGGGAGCCCAGGAAAGAGGAUCGUCCUCAAGGGAGCGGGUCGGAGGGGCUGGAGGGGCGGGACCACACGGGAAACCACUGGACUUCUCCCUGGGACCGCGGACAGCUGGAGGACGAGUGGUAUCAUAAGAAGAAGCAAGUGUUGGACCUGGAGGAGGAGGGUUUCUGGCCCGAACUCCUGGAUAGUGGCAAGAUUGAGAUUUGUUUCUCUGACUGGUGGACAGACCAACAAGACAUUAACUCUAUAUAUCGGCUAACUAUCCAACUUCUAGAUGCCAACCAGGCCAUUCUGGAUCAAUUUUCUACUACGCUUUUCCCCAUCCGGAACAGGAGACACACUUCCUUCCUUGAGCUUUUGAGGGCAAGGCCAUGGCACAAUGGGACUUACCUCUUUCUCUGCCUACAGGUCAGCCAUGUGUUCUCCAACCUCAAGACAGGUGUCCGCUUUGUGUCUCUUGAACACUGGGUCCGUGAAAUGGAGUUCUGUUCCAAACAUUAUGGAAUCUAUCUGCCCAACUCCAGUGUGAUCGUGCAGGUCGUUCUGUCCUAG